AGUUCCGUGUAAACCAUUCUACAGUCAGCGUGGUACACUCGUUGCUUGUUUCAAUUGAGAAACCGUUGAACGUUUUGACUUGCUACUCGUACAUUCAAUACAACACAAAGUAAGCUCAUCGAAAUAAAUUCAUCGAAUAUAGUCGCGACCAGCUCGAGCGACAUCGUCAUCAUCAUCGAGCAAAUAUUAAGCUACAUUAAUUCGAUUUUGGUGUUUUCAAUAAAAACGAACAAAUCAUUCACAAUAAUAAACAAAUCUUAAACGAUGUAGUUGCUCUACAAUCGAGUGAAAACAUUUCGCAAAUACUACGUACAUCGAAGGUCGUCGUCGACGUCGUCGUCGUCAUCGUCGGAAACGGCAACUCCGGUUCUAUGCAAACUAUUGAAUCGACGCUUUUGAAUUGAUGCAGCAGUGAUGAUGAGCAUGUGCACAUCUCCAACUUAAUGCUCCUGAACGAAACACUUUUGGAAAUCUAAAUUGACCUACGUCCCGAACACACAAAGCCGUCGCAAAACAACAGAGUGCUGCUGCCAAAUGGAAAAUGAAGCUGUUUUUGCUGAUGAUAUUAGAAUAAAAUAAUAAUUAAACUGUGAAGAAAAAAAAGAAGAAAAAAAUACCGAAUAAAAACACCAUCGAACACAACGAGAAAGAGAGCGGAAAAACAUUAAAGCAAUUCACACACACAGUAUAACAGAAAAAAAAAAAAAAUUUGUUCAAAUAAAAGAAGCUAAAACUCAAGGUUUUCUUUAUUUGUUAAUAAUAUGCAAAUGGCAAAUGCCUCCAGUUAAAUGACUAAGCUGCUUAAAUUUGUUUUAGAUUGUACUGAAUAUUGCGCGAGUUAGGUGAUAAUUGUAAAUUAAUGGGUACGUUUUUAUCAAAUAAUAUGUAAAAAAAAAAAUUGAAUUGGGACGCCAGCUAAAAUUGAAAAGAUAAAAAGCAAAACGGAAAUUAAUUGAAGUGCAAAGUUAUAUGGAAGAGGUCAUAAACAAGUAAAGCCUUCACCACCUCGAAGAAAGUUGAAAAUUGAAUGAAAAAAAUCGUUUGUUGGGAUAAAAAAAAACUACGUUUUACGAACCACACCAUUCUCAAAUCAAUUGUUCAAGUUACCGUUAAAGAAAAAGGAAUAUAGCAAUUGAAAGAGAAAAGGUAAAGAAGAAAGAGAAACAAAACGGCCGCAAAAAUUGUGAAUUUUGCAAAUAACUUAAAAAAAGGCAUGGAAGCCCUCAUGUGAUGCAAUGUUUUACAUAGAUGGAAUAUAACGUUUUUAAUAAAAAUGCAAAUUUUCAUAGUGUGCAAUAAUCUCAGACUCCUCAUUUAUGGAUUACUGUUCGUGACACACUGUCAUGCAGGAAGGAUUUUCGAUGUAACUAAUAUACCAAUCCAGAGUUUUGUUGCCGAAGCUGGCAAAAAUGUUACCCUACCCUGUCCAGGAGUAAAUGAGCAGUCGCUAGUAAACGCCUUAAAAUGGAAAACCACCACAACGAUUGCACAUUAUUCAAACGGAAUUCCACUUGUACACAACCACAGAAUGACGCUCUCACCGCAAGACUUUAGUUUACAAUUUCAUCCAGCGUUAUCAACUGAUACUGCCGAAUAUAUUUGUCUAGUAAACGACCGACAUAGUCCAGAGGCCAUUAUCGAUUUAUUAGUUCAAGAUGUUCCUGAUUCGCCGGAGCGACCACUGAUUACAAGCUUCACAUCUCGUUCAAUGAAUUUGUCGUGGGCUCAUUCUCAAGAGCCACGAAAUGCACCUGUAACACAUUUCCUAAUUGAAACCAGGGUCGGAGAGAAUGGACCAUGGGAUCAGGUGCCACAAAUUAAUACCAAAUCAAAUAUCACAUCGUAUCAGGUAACCGGAUUGAUACCAUUUACGGUCUACAGCUUUCGACUACGUGCUGUUAAUAAAUUAGGUAUUAGCCCUCCGUCCAAGGAAUCAUAUUAUAUUGUAUCAUUAAGAGAAGUUCCGAUUGGCAAGCCAGUGACAACAAUUGCUCACAACACAUCGUCUAGUUCAAUUUACAUAUCAUGGAAACCACCGCCACCCGAUACAAUAUUGGGCGAAUUCCUUGGAUAUCGCAUAACGUACCGCGUCCGCGACAGACACAAUGAUACAACUGAAGAGAUUUACAUAAGAGAUAGCAGCGUCGAGAGUCAUGAGAUACACAAUCUCGAGACAUAUACACAAUACCUUGUAUCAUUACAAGUAUUCAAUCCAGAGGGACCGGGACCCGCCACAACUGUCCUCGUGAUGACUGACGAAGGGGUUCCAAGUAAGCCGCUCAAUCUGACAGUGUUGGAAGUGACAUCAACAACAAUAACAAUAGGAUGGCGGGAUCCGGAAAAUUUGAAUGGUGCAAUUGUGGGAUAUCGUGUGUUCUACAUUCAUCAGAAUCAAACAUACUUCGCCACAGUGCGAAGCGGCACCGGCGCUGGUGAAAUGAUCAGAUACGACCUAUGCGAUCUAAAACCAUAUUCCGAAUACAAAAUCACGGUGAAGGCAUUUACGUGGAAAAAUGAAGGAGAAGCAUCCGAUGCGGUCACACAGCGAACGGACAUCAGUGGACCCAGCGCACCUAUUGUUUCUAAUUUAACCUGUCACAAUCUCGAUGCAUUGUAUUUGAGAUGGAAACGUCCGGCGGAGUACUACAAUACGAUUGAUUACUAUAUUGUUAGCUUUCGAUCCGUUGCCCAGCACGAAUUUCAAGAAAUCAAAAUAAACGCAUCGGCCAGACAUUUGGAAACAGCGAUGGUUCUACCAAACUUGACAACAAAUACCUUUUAUGAAGUUAAAGUUCGGGCUGCAUCCAUUAGCACCAUAAAUCCACGCCAAGUCAUUCUCGGAUCAUAUUCCGAACCACAAAAGAUUUUGCUGCAAUUGAACUGCGAAAAAAUUCAACCGCUACAACAGAAAAAUCCUAACGAUUACAAUUUGGCAAUGAUGGUUGGCGCUUUGUUCAGCUGUUUUGGAAUCAUUUUGAUACUAUUGGCUUUCGUUUUGUGGCGAAAAUGCUUCCAUGCGGCAUAUUACUACUUGGACGAUCCUCCGCCCAAUAAUUGUCAACCGUUAAUUGAUUGGGACCAACCAGUUGAGGUUGGCGGUGAAAUACGGGCAGCAGUGCCAAUAAAUGAAUUCGCUAAACAUGUUGCUGAACUGCACGCGGACGGUGAUAUUGGGUUCAGCAAAGAGUACGAAGCAAUACAGAAUGAAUCAAUUAAUGAAGAGUAUCCGUCAGAGCAUUCACAGCAUCCAGAUAACAAGCAGAAAAAUCGAUACUUGAACAUUAUCGCAUAUGAUCACUCCCGAGUGCACUUGCGACCACUUGGCCGGCAAAAAAAAUCAUUCGAUUACAUCAACGCGAACUACAUUGAUGGUUAUCAGAAGACGCGUGCAUUUAUUGGAACGCAAGGGCCACUCCCUGGCACAUUCGACUGUUUCUGGCGCAUGAUUUGGGAGCAACGCGUUGCCAUAAUUGUUAUGAUAACUAAUUUAGUCGAGCGGGGUCGACGAAAGUGUGACAUGUACUGGCCAAAAGAUGGCAUUGAAACCUACGGCAUUAUCCAAGUGAAACUCGUGCAAGAAGAUGUUAUGGCCACAUAUACAGUACGAACAUUUGUAAUAAAGCACAUGAAAUUGGCAAAAAAGAACAAAAAUUCCACCGAAAAAACGGUGUAUCAGUAUCAUUAUACGAACUGGCCCGACCAUGGUACGCCAGAUCAUCCAUUGCCAGUGUUAGACUUUGUCAAAAAAUCAUCAGAAGCAAAUCCACGGGAUGCUGGUCCAAUCGUCGUUCAUUGCAGUGCCGGAGUCGGUCGUACUGGAACCUACAUUGUGUUAGACGCAAUGUUGAAGCAAAUUGAACACAAAGGCGUUCUAAAUGUAUUUGGAUUUUUGCGGCACAUUCGAAAUCAGCGCAACUUUUUGGUUCAGACAGAGGAGCAGUACAUCUUCAUCCACGAUGCCUUGGUUGAAGCGAUAACAAGCGGUGAAACUAAUUUUAAGGCCGACACGAUUAUGGAGAUAAAAGACAAUUACAAUUUGCUGGCAACACACUUCAAAUUGAUUACACAAUUCCAGCCAAAGGAGGUGCACACUGCAUCUGCCAUGAAGCCAGUGAAUUUGUGCAAAAAUCGAAGUUCAUUGUUGCCAUUAGAAGGGAGUCGAGUGCAUCUAACCCCGCGGCCGGGUGAAGAUGGAAGCGACUACAUCAAUGCUACAUGGUUACAAGGUUUUCGACGACUCCGUGAUUUCAUUGUUACACAACAUCCCCUGGUUAACACCAUCAAUGAUUUCUGGCAAAUGAUCUGGGACCACAAUGUGCAAACUGUGGUGCUUCUUUCAUCUCUGGAUGAUAUUUCCUAUCAACAAUUUUGGCCAGACGAUUCGUUGACGAUCGAAAGCGAUCACUAUAGAAUAAAUUAUAUUUCGAAAAUGAACAAAUGCGAUUAUGUGUGUCGUGAUUUUGUGAUGCAGUCAAUACAAGACGACUACGAGCUUAACGUCCGUAUGCUGCAUUGCCCGAGCUGGCCAGAAAUGGGUCACCCAUCUAGUAUUUAUGACUUCAUUGUUGACGUACAUCAACGCAGCAACGAAUACAGGAACGGUCCCAUCGUUGUCAUUGACAGAUACGGAGGCACGGAGGCAUGUUCAUUCUGUAUAAUUACGUCGCAAGCAAUGCAAAUGGAAUUCGACAGCACAGCAAAUGUGUACACAUACGCAAAACUAUACCACAAUAAACGUCCCGGUGUAUGGCAAUCGGUUGAUGAUCUCAAACAAAUUUAUCGCAUUCUAUCCUAUUUACCAUCGGAUCUUACCUUGUUGAAAUGUACAGAGCUCCGCACCGAAAUAGAGGACUGCACAACCGCAACACCCGAUUUAUACAGUAAAAUUUGUAGUAAUGGUAAUAUUAGCUCUAGUUUGAAUACUACACAAAAUUCAAUUAUAGCAACAAAUGGUGGAACAACGGUUAAACUGAACGGUGGUAUAAUUAGCAAUGGUAAUGAUGAAUUUUCGAUCGUCGUCACCGAACCGGAUAACAUAAACGUUUAAUUUAAUUGCACACAAACCAACGAAUCAAUUGUUGAUUCAAGACAUUCGAUCUCGUUCUACUUUCGGUUAUCUAUCAUUUUCCACGAUUUACGCAUAUGUAUCAGUUUUAUUUUCUUUGAUUCUAUGUGUGCCCAGUCCAAUGAAACGAAGUGAUUUUCGAAAGCCAUAAUUAUUAAUGGACACACACGCACAAUAAAACUCAAAAACAAAAUUUCGUUUUGUCAAUUUUCUUUGUCGGUUUUUUUUUCCUUCAAUUUCAAUAUAUGUUUGUAAAUUGUUCUAUUAAAACAAAUAAAAUCCAAUGAUGAAAUUGUAAUGCAAA